AAAUUAGUUGAUAUUAGAUGAAUAUUAGCAUGGCAAGUAUUGGAAUUUCAAUUAGUGUUUUGCCAGAGGUAAUGGGAUUUCCACACCAAGAAUUGUCCAUUGUCAUGAUUAAGAAAUUGAAGCUGGCAAGAAAACAACUUUUCCGGCAGAAUCUCACAUUUUCUUGUAAUCGAAAGACUGGAAUUACUCGAGCCGUUGCGCCAGAAGCAGUGAAGGCAACGAGUCCAACAUCUAGCGGUGUCCCUUUAGCCAACUAUGUGCCUGUUUAUGUAAUGCUUCCAUUAGAUGUUAUUUCAGUGGACAAUGUUUUUCGAGACCAAGAUAAGUGUGAAAAGCAGUUCAAGGAGCUGAGAGCAGCCGGAGUUGACGGGAUCAUGGUGGAUGUCUGGUGGGGAAUUGUAGAGGCCAACGGCCCCAGGCAAUAUAAUUGGUCUGCCUACAGGAGCUUGUUCCAACUUGUUCAAAAGAGUGGCCUAAAAAUACAAGCUAUUAUGUCAUUCCACCAAUGUGGUGGCAAUAUUGGAGAUGAUGUUUUCAUUCCUAUACCCAAAUGGGUACUAGCAAUCGGAGAAAACAACCCUGAUAUUUUCUAUACUAAUCGGGCUGGUACAAGGAACAAGGAAUGCCUCUCACUUGCUGUCGAUCACCAAACUCUGUUUGAGGGUCGAACUGCUGUCCAGAUUUACAGUGACUACAUGAGGAGCUUUAGAGAGAACAUGUCUGACUUCUUGGAAGCUGGAGGCAUAGUAGACAUAGAGGUCGGACUUGGUCCUGCUGGUGAGCUUAGAUAUCCCUCGUAUACUCAGUCUCAAGGAUGGAAAUUCCCUGGCAUUGGAGAAUUUCAGUGUUACGACAAGUAUAUGAGGACAGAUUUCAAGGAAGCAGCCACAAAGGCAGGCCACUCGGAGUGGGAUCUUCCAGAUGAUGCAGGAACAUAUAAUAAUAUACCUGCCGAAACAGGAUUCUUUGGACCAAGUGGUACAUACCUUACAGAGAAAGGGAAGUUCUUCUUGAAUUGGUACUCUAGCAAGCUAUUGCUUCACGGAGAUCAGAUCCUUGAUGAAGCAAACAAAGCUUUCCUGGGAUGCAAAGUGAAGCUAUCAGCGAAAGUAGCAGGAAUUCACUGGUGGUACAAAGAUGCCAGCCAUGCUGCAGAGCUAACAGCAGGAUAUUAUAAUUUGGAUAAUCGAGAUGGCUAUCGACCGAUAGCGAGGAUGUUAUCGAGGCACUAUGGUACCUUUAAUUUCACUUGCCUUGAGAUGAGGAAUUCAGAACAUCCAGCUUAUGCUAAGUGUGGUGCACAAGAGCUAGUUCAGCAGGUUUUGAGUGUUGGCUGGAAAGAGAACAUUGACGUAGCAGGUGAGAAUGCACUUUCAAGAUAUGACGGCUAUGCCUACAACCAAAUCCUUCUAAAUGCUAGGCCAAAUGGUAUCAACAAAAACGGUCCACCAAAACUAAAGAUGGCUGGGUUGACUUACCUUCGAUUAUCAGAAAAACUCCUUCAGAGCAGGAACUUCAAGACUUUCAAAACAUUUGUCAAGAAAAUGCAUGCCGAUCUGGAUUACUGUUCAGAAUAUGAAAAACCAGCUCCAAUGAGCAGAUCAAAAGGGGAGAUUUCAAUGGAUGAUUAUCUUGAAGCAACCAAACGAACAGAACCAUUCCCAUGGGAUGAACAGACAGAUGCAAGAGUUGGCGGUAUAUUGGCUGAAUACUGGGAUAGGCUGCUUAACAAGUUCUUUCUCUCUAACUGACACCUACUUUGCCAUAGAAGACUCAUCAUUCUUGACUUGCGGGGAAGUCAUAUUAUGCAUCUGCAUUUAUAUGUAAAUCUGAAUGUAAAGAUAUAUAGGGGACUUUUGUGUCUAUAAUAUACUCUUUAUGUACUUCACAUUAAAUCUCAGAUAGAAUAAAACUCAUACAUGUUAGUAUGAGAAUCUAAA